UUUGGCUUUAGCUCUUCAAAAGGUAAAAAGCGAAAAGAAAGACCACACCCGGAAGUCGCCCUAGACUAUAUAAAGCGGAACUGUACACAGUUAAAAAACGCAUUCCCGUCCUAUUUUCUUUCGCUCUUCCAACACUUUCAAUUCUCAAUCAACAUGCAAGUCUUCGCCGUCCUCUUGGUUUGCUUGGCCGCCGCCAACGCUUACGUCGUGCCAGCCCCUUAUUUGGUCCGCGCUCCGGCCCAUGACAGCGCCAUCAUCAAGUCUGACCGUCUCGGAGGCAACUUUGCCUACUCCGUCGUCGAGGGACACGCAUACGCCGCCGUAACUCCCGUUGUCCAGCGCGUCCUCACACCUGUCGGAGUCUCCCAUCACGCCAUCGCCGCUCCCUAUUACGGCUAUCCUUAUGGCUUAACUCAAUUCGUUGCACCCGCUCAAGUUGACGCUAAGGCUGGUCAGGCUGUCUACGUUGCAUAAAUGAGAUGUUGACUCGUUGUCUUGUUAUUGUCGUUGAUUGAGAUGUUCAUAUAAACGCUUAUUGUAAUACCGAA